GUGGACGAGGCGCGGGUGGAGCCCCGUUCUGGUAUCCUGGCCGACCCGCCGGCGCGGCCGCCCCUGACGGCGAAGCAGCCGCCGGCGCAGCAGCCGCCGGCGCCGCGGCCACUGGCGCAGCGGCCGCAGCUGGGGCCGCAGGUUGGCCCGAACAUCGGGCGGAAGACCCUCGUCCUGGACCUGGACGAGACCCUGGUGCACAGCACCUUCCGGCCCGCGCACGGCAGCGACCUGCGGAUCUUUGUCGACUUGGAGGGCGAGGUGCACUGCGUCUACGUGCUCAAGCGGCCAGGCGUGGACGAGUUUCUCAGUCUCGUGGCGCAGCUGUACGAG